AUGGACCGACUGUGGGCCGUCAUCCGCUACGAGUUCCAGCCGCCGGCCUUUAAUACAGCCCGAAGACGAUCUGUAUUGACCAAAAAAGCAGCUACAGAGACCGAGUCUGCUCUUCAAGCACAAGCGAGGCUCGGUCUGAUCGCCUUGCUCUCCUCGCCAUCAGUUCCUGAAGAUGUACUACAAGGAGGGGGCCUGAUUUCUUUUGCCCUCAACGUUUACAAUCCCAUCUGGGGAACAAGUGUGAUGUUUGAAGGUAUUCGAUACCUGUCGUAUCUUUCGAAUACCCAACAUGAAAAGAACUUUGAACGGAUAAUACCGAAAAGGGGGGCUUCUGAUGUACUCUACUUUGCCUCGAACCAUCUAGGUAUUGUAUCUAUAUACUUCGAGGAACCUGCCCAGUCAAAACAGGAACUGCCUGGGAUUUGGUGGAGUUUUGUGCACGGAAGUUUAAGGGAUAUUCCCAUAGAGGGACACACCGAUGGCUUCAAGAUUCGUGACCUGCGAUUAAUGGGAUCACACUACCCCGAUGGAGGCCUGACCAGCAGGUGGUCGGUGUUGCCACCAAGACCGAGAGCUACAUGGUUAGUGAACUUGGAUGACAGGACUCACUCGAAUCUUUACUUCAAGUCCCUGGACUGCGGGAAGCCUGGAAUCACUGGCUUUUCAGCGUGCAUGGUUGAUGGAGAUCUUGUGGAUCUACAUUACCAUACUAAAGGCGAGAGCCUUGAGUUCUACCACGAUGGCGGCGGCGAUCGACGGCAUGCCGUUUGGCUAUAUUUCCCGAUUGAACAAGGUGAGCGCAUCUUUGAAGUUUGGCGACGGCGGAAGAAGCCUAACUUUUGUCGGGACAUUCCCAUGCUACGGACGAAUAGAGGACGCGUAUUCGUUCUAGGUACACACAUCAACCAACAUGACAUCGACAACAAAUACGACUGCCUCACUUCAUUUCCAACACCUAAGCAGGCUCGGUUCUGGUUCAGCUGUCACGAGGGCUGUGUCGAUUAUCUAGCGUUCGACACUGAAGACAAACGCCACGACAAAAACGAGUUUCUCAGACCGCUGCAAGGUACCUCUGCGCUGCGGUCUUCGGGCGCACCGGCCCAAACCUUUGCCUCGUCGGCGCCACUGAAAGAUGUAGUCGAAGUUGUGCCAUGCAAAUCAUGGGCGCCUGGGUCAGCUGGGAUCGUUGGGCUCGUGUUCACGUACUCGGAUGGGCAUCGCGAAACGCUCGGACAGUCCCCUUUCCAGUGA